GCAAAAAAAAAGAAAAAGAAAAAGAAAGUGUGAACUGACAGAAGCGAUGCAGGGAUGACGGAGAGCCGAGAGGCGGCACCGAGCGUUUUGAAAUGUCCGCUGCAGCUGAUUUUUGGGCCAGUAUGCCGGCGUUUUUUUCAAAUCCGUGCACCGUGAGAUUUUGUCGAAUAACGGGAGACCUGCACAGUUGCUGCUGCUGCUGCCGGUACGUGAACGACUUCACACACUGAAGGUAAAAACUCGGCUCGGUGUUCGCGCUUUAAUUUCUUUUUCCUUCUCUCUCCCUCUCUCCCCCUCUCUCUCUUGCAUCAGUUUGAUGCUGCGUGAGGCUGCUGGGCGAUGAUGCAUCGGUGGGCUUUGACUGUGUGAAUUCGCAUCCUAUCCUUAAGUGUAUUUACCCGGCACGGACUGCUCGCCUCGGCAAUGUGAAUUCGAAAUCAAUUAAGCCGAGUUUUUGCUGACCCACCUUGCGACAAAAAAAAAAAAAAAAGAAAGAGAGAGAGAGAGGAAAGAAAAAAGAAAAAAUGCCUUAUUUCGACGCGAGGUGCGAGGAUGCCUGUAGCUGUGAUUGUGUCAUUGCUGCGGCACACUCCGGAACUCCUCGGCUCAAGACAGACACAACUAACCUCAGCUGAAGAGAAGACAGCAAAGCUAUCAAGUGCUUUACCACCCCAACAUAAGCCAUUCAUUUGCAUGUAUGUGGGGGAAAAAGGCCGAGCUGCUGACACUCUCCAGGGGAGGCAUCUAUUGCACUGAGGUUUUCCCCAAGAACUGCUGCCACAUCCCCAAAUCCGUCUGAGGACUGCUGUGAGCUUACAAGCUUCCUGAUGAUUUUUGGAGAGCAGCCCUGAUGCAUCUUGUGAGUGUGAAAACUCAAACAGCCCUUUUGCCAGAUUUGCAGCAUCACCAGACAGGAGACGGAGCAGACGGUAACUCUGUGUGUGUCAUGUUAGCGUCUGGACUCUCGCCUGCUCCCUCCAACUCUCAGCCAAAAUCUCUGACCUGCCCUGUCUGAGCCCUUUUUGUAUGAGCAUCACUGCUUCGCCACAACAGCACGCCGGGGAGGAAGUGUCAAGCAGCACCAACAGUUUACAGACAUUAUUGCUUGCGUGACUUCCCACUCUCAAAAUAAGAGACACCAGAAACCAGGGUCAGGAUGCAGGUGUCUUUCGCCUGCACUGAGCACAACCUCAAGAGUCGCAGUGAGGACCGGCUUUGUGGCCUUCGCACCGCUCCACCUCCUGGAGGAAGCAGUGGAGGAGUGGGGGGAGGUGGUGGCGGAGGAGGAGGUGGUGGUGGUAGUGGAGGAGGAGGUGGUGGAGGUGGAGGAGGAGGAGGGAGUGGACAAGGAAGUAAUGGCAACUAUAUGUCCCAAGGAUCAGUCAAGACCAGGGAGGGGUCCGGGUCCCGUCAGGUCCCACAUGGCCAUGCCCACAUGAAGGAGGCCAUCGGGCGCCACACCAGUAUGAAAUACAGGAACCUGGGGAAGUCGGGCUUACGUGUUUCCUGCCUCGGGUUAGGCACCUGGGUGACAUUUGGAUCGCAGAUCUCUGAUGAGAUGGCUGAGAACCUGAUGGCCAUAGCUUAUGAGAACGGAGUGAACCUGUUUGACACAGCAGAGGUGUACGCUUCUGGAAGAGCGGAAAUCACUCUAGGGAACAUUAUCAAGAAGAAAGGAUGGAGGCGUUCAAGUUUUGUCAUCACAACAAAGAUUUAUUGGGGAGGCCAAGCAGAGACAGAGAGAGGACUCUCCAGAAAGCACAUUAUUGAAGGUUUAAGAGGAUCCUUAUCAAGACUGCAACUAGAUUAUGUGGACAUCGUUUUUGCCAACAGAAAUGAUGUCAACAGUCCAAUGGAAGAGAUUGUACGGGCCAUGACGUUUGUAAUAAACCAGGGUAUGGCCAUGUACUGGGGAACCUCACGCUGGAGUGCCAUGGAAAUCAUGGAGGCGUACUCUGUGGCACGCCAGUUCAACCUCAUACCACCUGUGUGUGAGCAGGCAGAGUAUCACUAUUUCCAGAGGGAUAAAGUCGAGGUGCAGCUUCCCGAGCUCUACCACAAGAUCGGUGUAGGAGCCAUGACCUGGUCUCCACUUGCUUGUGGAUUAAUCACAGGGAAGUACAGUGAUGGUGUACCAGAGUGCUCCAGAGCAGCAAUGAAGGGAUACCAGUGGCUGAAGGAGCGAGUGAACAGCGAGGAGGGCCGCAGGCAGCUCGCUAAAAUCAAGGAGCUCCAUCUACUGGCAGACAGACUGGGCUGCACUGCUGCACAGUUAGCCAUAGCCUGGUGUCUGCGCAGUGAGGGAGUCAGCUCAGUACUUCUGGGUGUUUCUACUGCAGACCAGCUGCUUGAGAACCUGGGUGCCCUCCGGAUUUUAACCCAAAUGACCCCUCAAACCAUUACUGAGAUUGAUGCCCUGCUGGGAAAUAAGCCACACUCAAAGAAAGAGUUGCGCGCUUGAAGAUGCAAAUCUGAGUGACAGAUGAUGUUUCAAGAAGAUAAGGAAGACAAUGACAUUGGGAAACAUCGCUUUUUGCUCUGCUGUAUACUCAACAACUUGCAUGUCCUCAGCAACAUUAUGCUUCCAGUAUGUGCGCAUAUCCAUUUUGCGCAGUACAUUGUGUCAUGUAUGAAAAAAAGAAGAUCUCUCAAUUGUGAAAAAACUAAAAAAAUAACAGGUCAUAUAUUGCUCACUGCCGAUUGUUCACAGACUAAUUAUUUCUACAGAGAGGGAGGCUUAAGCUGGUUGGAGCGACAGGACUCUGCUGCCCACAGAGACCAAGAGAGGUUGACAGAUAUUCAACUGCUGUCAAAGCGGAUUUGACUCUUGUUAAUCAAAUGUUCUAAAGUGGAAAAAAAACAAACCACCUCUGUGCUAAAAUGCAACUUUACUGCGUGAACGGUGCUUUCAUUGGACAUCCGAGUCUCCUCCCCUCGCAGCUGCCUGUUAUUCUGUAUGAUGUUUAGUACCCAGCAGCCAGAGAGCCAAAGGUUAGUACUCAUGUGUCUAGCCUAACAUUUCCCAUAGUGUGCAUGUGACUGGUCUGCCACGCUCACUGCUUUACAGGGUUGGGAACAAUGGAUUACUUGUAGAGCCAGUACAGUGCUCUACCCGUAAAAAAAAAAAAAAAAACCCUAAUCCUGUCUGGUGUAAGUUUAAAGAAAGAACUGAUCACAUGCUUUAAAAAAAAAAGAUAAAUUGACACAUUUUUACACAUACUGGAAUAACAAAUACGAGAUCUAAAUUGAAUGGAUCAUAUUGUAACUGGCUUUUAAAUUAAAGUGCAUUAUGUUAGUUAUAACAACUUAAAUUUGGCAAUCAGGAAUCAGUAGUGGGUGAGAUUUAAAAAGUAACUUUCCCAACCCUGCUGCUUUCUCAGCAGUCUUUUUGCCUCCUCUGUUUGUAAACUGUGCGCAUGUCCCUUUAAGAGAGAAUAGCCCUAAUGGGGUGUAAAUGUGGCAUGGCUUUUAUGGCUUAUGUAGAUUUGCAGUGCCCUUGUAAGCCAUUUUUUUACUCUAAAUGGUCUGGCAGUUCAAUCCAGGAUCCGUGCUGGUGGGCACUCUUGCUUUAAAGACAGUCUGAAGACACGGCUGUGUGUCCAUCUUACAUAUAUUGUUUGUAUUGUCCUAAACUGUAUCAACGAUGCCGUUCCUGCGAAGAGCAUCAUUGUUCCUAAAUCAAAGGUUUUGAGGCAGUUGGACUAUAUGGCAAGGUCACUGAGCAUCCGACACAAAGAUUUGGACACACUGUGGUGAACUAGUAGUUUUCAAAUGAUAGGACAUAAGUCUUGAGUUUAUCAAAUGUGAUAUUACUCUUGCCACAGGUCACUUGGGGUAAGAUUUAGCAAAUGUAACUUUUUUUUUGUGGAAGCCUGAAAAUAUAGCUUCUCUGCUCAUUUCUCUGGGAGUUUACUCUCUGUAUUAUUUGUUCCCUUGACUCUUGCACACACGCACAACUCAUUUUAUACUGUGCUCUUCAUGUCUAUUCCCUUUAGUUUUGUAUUGACUUCAAUACUUUGUAAUGUGAAGAGAGGAUUUGUUCCUUUUGUGAUUUCCCAUGAAAACAGCACUAAUCUCCAGAGUGGGAUGUGUUUUGAUACAUGAAGUUGUUUCAGUUGGUACAAGGUUAAAUUGUACUGUAAAUAGGGUUAUCUGUUUGGCAGCGAGAUAAUGAGAUAAAAGGUUAAAUGAAUCAUGAAAGAAUUCCUGAAGGAGCAUCUGAAAUGUUGCUCCCCUCUGUGACUCUGUGAUGAUGUACAGUUCAACUGAGUGUAGCUUCCAGUGUACAUAGAUACUUCAAUCAAACCUUGAAAAUGUAACUUUGCCUGCAUAACUUAUAUUUUACUGUCUUGCAACAAGGAGAAACCAAAAGAGAGACGAGACUACUUACACUGAAUGUAUCAUGUCUGUUGCUCAAACCUAUCUAACCUAAAGGGACCAAACACACAACAUGUUUCUUUCUGUGUUUGAACCUGUUACAUAAAAACCUGCAGAGCUGUCAUGGUAGCGUUUACAAAAGGUCAUCCAUUACUAACACAACUAUGAUGACUUUCAAUCAACAUUUUAUGCAGAUAGAACAAGCAGCAGUAAAUAAUUGCAAUACACGAUUUUAUGAUAAUCAUGAAAAUAUAUACGUCUUACUUCAAAAUAGCACUAAAACAUACUGGAAUCCCUUUACCUUACAUUUAUUUUGUUAAGAAACGCAUAUGUUUAUUGCAUCUCAGAUAGACACCGGAUUUCCCUGCUCUGUAUUUAGGAAUCUAUACUAUUUCCACACAUCUGGUUUAAAUUUUUUUAAUAGGUACAACUCACAAACCAAGGCUUCAGUCAUAGUGACAGGCUUAGGAUUUUGGAAUGACUGGAAAUAUGUGGGCUGCCCCUUGUCCCCUUUAUUCAAAAUAAAUCAGGAAAUCAAUAUAAGGCUGUAUGCUGUAACAUGUAAGUCAACCCAUGUGAGGAUAUUCACAUCCUGUAGUUUUACACUGAAAACUGAAACGUUUUUGGACAAAUGUAGACACUGUCAGCAACAGGUGUAGAGCAUAGCAAUAGUGCUACAGUUCUGUCUGUGCAUCU